AUGAAACUGAAAGACAAAAACGUCAUCAUCACCGGCGGGGCUGGCGGCAUCGGUGCGGCCCUGGCCAGACAGUUUGCAGAAGAAGGCGCAAGGGUCGCCUUGGCGGACCUGGACAAGUCCGGAGCCGAGGCAACGGCGUCGCAAAUUGGCGGCCUUGGACUUGGCUGCGAUGUCACCAAGGAGACCGAUGUCCAGGCCGUCGUUGCUGCUGUCGAAAGCCAAUUCGGACCGGUGGACCUAUUCUGUUCAAAUGCGGGCAUUUGCCUGAGCGAACCGUCUCACUCAGCCUCCGCCGGCAACGAUGUCUGGAACAGGAGCUGGAAUAUUCACGUGAUGGCCCACGUAUAUGCUGCCCGUGCAGUGCUGCCCGGCAUGAUCGAACGAGGUGAAGGCUAUCUUCUUCAGAUGGCUUCCGCCGCCGGAUUGCUGAGCCAGAUCGGAAACGCGGCCUAUUCGGCAACGAAGCACGCAGCGGUCGGUUUUGCGGAAUCUCUUGCCAUCACGCAUGGUGCAGACGGUAUCAAGGUAUCUGUCAUCUGCCCCCAAUAUGUGGCAACGCCGAUGCUGGGAUAUGGGGACGAAAAUGCCGGUGGCGAUCUGCCGGGCGUGAUUUCUCCGCAAGCCCUGGCGGAGACAGUCGUUCAGGGUGUUGAUGAAGAAGCUUUCCUCAUUCUGCCUCAUCCUGACGUCGCGAAGUACAUCAAGUUCAAGUCCGGCGACUACGACAAGUGGCUGGGAGCCAUGCGCAAGCUGCGCGGCAGCAUUCUGGACCAGGUCGGCACAACCGAGAUCGAAGCCAUGCAUAAACUGGUUUGA